ACAGUUGGCGGUUAUAACGCGGCCGAAACACACACAGGUCUAAUAACAAGGCUUUUUUAAAAUAAUAUUUAAAAACAUUUGGCAGAGAAAACAGCACCUGACAUAGCAAUACAGAGAUGCAUGGACCCGGCAGAGGUGGAUUUAGACCCGGACCUGGACCGGCCAAGGUGAAUGUGGUAAUGCGACCGCCACCUCGACCUUCACAAGUGAAUGUAAAUAUCAAUGCGCCACGACGUCCUGUUGUAAACGAGGUUGUUGUAGUAGGUGGUGCGCCACCGUUACUGCCAGUUGCCGGUAUGAUGUUGGGCGCAUCAAUGGUUGCUGGCGCAGCAAUGGGUGCAGUGGCAGCAUCGGCUGUAAGUGGACCCAGAGAGGUUAUAGUAAAUGCACCACCGCCACCACCAUCGACGGUGAUUGUUAAUACGCCGAGCGUACAACAGCCGGUUGGUUAUUCUGGUAUGGGUGGAGCGCCAUCUUCAACUACAGUGAUUAUAGAAGGUAAUGCUCCAAGAAUGCCGCCGCAACCGUCGACAACAGUGAUGUAUUUGUAAAUAUUUGUAGAUCUAAAUAAAUUGUUAA